AGUGAGAGCGCAAGCAAAGUGCGAGCGAGCGGGAGAGCGAGAGAAAUAUCAGGGCAGGAGCGAGCGCGCACGCGCGCCUGCGAGAUGCAGCGAGCGAGACGGCGAGGGAGGAGUGAGCGAACGAGCGAGCGAGCACACGGGGACCGCGGGUGGGCGAGCGGAUGGAUGGGCGGACGCCACUGAGCAUGCUCCGUCCUCCAUUGUCCGGCGCGUCGCGGCACCGAGCCUCGCCGCGGCCUCCCUCUGCGCGCCCACAAUUUGCACGCUCGCCGGCGCGCGCCGUGUCUGCGUGGACCUUAGUCGCCGGGGUCACGACGCCCCUCCGCUAAUUCGUCGAGUGGACGUUCGCAAGCUGCCCGCCCGCUCGCUCACCCGCCCGCCUGCCUGUGUGCGCGUGUGCGGCGGCGGCGGCAGCAGCUAUUUGUCCGCGGUGCUGAGCUCACGCUGCCGCGGUCGUCGCGGGAGUGGCGGUGGAUCGAUUGGCCCAGUGGCCCGAGACUCGGUGCCGGUGCCGGAGCGGCGGUAGUUGUGGCGUGGCUCCGGGCUGGCUCGGUGCGGACGGGGGAGGGCGGGGGCAGGUGCAGGGAUCGUGGCAGUUGCCGGACAUAGGUGCGUUCCCAGCUGCAGGUAAAAGGAUUGGCCGACAGCUGAGUACAGGUGAGCAGAUGGGUGUACAUUUAGGAGUGUAGGAAGGUGAGGGUACAGGCGCACAGGGCUGGAAGCCAUUAGUGGACAGCUGCAGCGGCAGGUCUAAGCACAGGCGAGCGGAUCGGUGCAGGCACAGGUGUGGGAGAGGUGACCUAAGACUAGAGGGAGGUGUUGGCACAGGUGAAUGUACAGGUGAAGCGGCCAGGUGGGAGGGCGAGUUCAGGUGGGCAGACAGGCGGAGGCUUAGCUCGGGUGAGCAGACAGGUGAAUGCACAGGUGAGGAGACAAAGGCACGGUGCCCCCACCCGCGCCGCCGCAGCCGGUGUCCCGGCCCCGUCGCACCUGCGGGCCCUCCCAUGCCGGAGUGGAGCGCCGCGCUCAUGUUGAGGUUCUUCGCCAACCGCAAGUCGGUGCCGCACAGGGAGGGCGCGGGCGGCCUGCGCGGCUCCCGUGGACUCGGCGGCAGUUCCGCCUCGGUGGAUUCGGACCACGACCCCCCAGAGUGCCGCCAGAGCUCUGGAGGGCAGGAGCACGACGUGGGCAGUGUGAUGAGCUUCAGCAGUACGUGCUCGUUACCGCGGCAACCGGCGAGCCACCUGGGUACCAAGGUAACGGAGGACGUCAGAGUUCAGGUGGAGAUGGUCUACUCGCUGCUGUCCAUGCUGGGCACGCACGACAAGGACGACAUGUCGCGCACGCUGCUCGCCAUGAGCAGCUCGCAAGACAGCUGCAUCGCCAUGCGCCAGUCGGGCUGCCUGCCGCUGCUCAUCCAGCUGCUGCACGGCAACAACAAGGACUCGUCGCUGCUCGGCGCUGCCAAGGGCAACCGGGAGGCGCGGGCGCGCGCUAGCGCGGCGCUCCACAACAUCGUGCACUCGCAGCCCGACGACAAGCGCGGCCACCGCGAGAUGCGCGUGCUCCACCUGCUGGAGCAGAUCCGCGCCUACUGCGAGGCGUGCUGGGAGUGGCAGGACGGCAGGGAGGCCGCCGGCGGCGUUGGCGCCGCGGCGUCCGCCAUCGCCGCCGACGUCUCGUCCGUCGGCAAGCCAUCGCCGGUGGAGAAUCAGAUCGGGCCGGCGAUCUGCGUGCUCAUGAAGCUGUCGUUCGACGAGGACCACCGGCACGCCAUGAACGAGCUCGGUGGACUGCAGGCGAUCGCCGAGCUGCUGCAGGCCGACUGCGAGAUGUUUGCGAUGACGAGCGACCAGUACAACGUCACGCUGCGGCGCUACGCUGGCAUGGCGCUCACCAACUUGACGUUCGGUGACGUCGCCAACAAGGCCACGCUGUGCUCGAUGCGGGGCUGCAUGCGUGGCAUGGUGGCCCAGCUGAAGGCUGACAGCGAGGAUCUCCGACAGGUGAUCGCCAGCGUCCUGCGCAACCUCUCGUGGCGAGCGGACGUCACGAGCAAGAAGAUCCUGCGGGAGGUGGGCAGCGUCUCGGCCCUCACCAAGUGCGCCCUGGAGGUGAAGAAGGAGUCGACGCUCAAGAGCGUGCUGAGCGCCCUCUGGAACCUGUCGGCCCACUGCACGGAGAACAAGGCGGACAUCUGUGCGGUGGUGGGCGCGCUGGGCUUCCUCGUGGACACGCUGGCCUACCGCAGCCAGACCAACACGCUCGCCAUCAUCGAGAGCGGCGGCGGCAUCUUGCGCAACGUCUCCAGCCUCAUCGCCACCAACGAGGACUACAGGCAAAUCCUGCGCGAGCACAACUGCCUGCAGACGCUGCUGCAGCACCUCAAGUCGCACAGCCUGACCAUCGUGAGCAACGCGUGCGGCACGCUCUGGAACCUGUCGGCCCGCAACGCGCGCGACCAGGAGGCGCUCUGGGACAUGGGCGCCGUCGCCAUGCUCAAGAACCUCAUUCACUCCAAGCACAAAAUGAUCGCCAUGGGCAGCGCCGCCGCCCUGCGCAACCUCAUGGCCAACCGGCCCGCCAAGUACAAGGACGCCAACAUCCUGUCACCGGAUUCCGGCAUGCCCACGCUCGCCGUGCGCAAGCAGCGGGCGCUGGAGGCCGAGCUGGACGCCCAGAACCUGACGGAGACUUUCGACAACAUCGACAACCUCAGCCCAAAGGCGCAGCACCGCAGCAAGUCGGCGCACAAGCCCCAGCGGCACGGCCUGGUUAGCGAGUACGUGCUGGACGGCGGCGGCGGCGGCGGGCGCAAGAACGGCGUGAACGUGUGCCGGGCGGACGCCGCGGCCGGCGGCGGAGGCGAGCCGGUGGCGCUGUCGCCGUUCGUCAACUCGCCGCUGCUGCACGGGCACCACCACCACAACCUGUACCCCAAGGAGCGGCACCACCUGCCGGCCGAUGGCGCCAAGGGGGAGUCGCCGGCGCUGGGCGCGGAGCGCGAGCCGAGGGCCGCGGACGCGUACCGCGUGGGCGGCGCGAUGGAGGCGGUGCCGGAUGUGAGCAAGCACUCCCGCGUCGCCUGGGCCAUCGAGGACGCCGCGGCGGCGGCGGGAAGCUCGGCGUCCUCCGUCGACGGGGCGAGGUCGCUGUCGUCGGACGGACGCGGGGGCGGCACCUCGUACCCGCAGCCCAACGCGCCCGGCUACGGCAAGGCGGACGGGCAGAGCCGCGGCUUCCAGUACCACUACGGCGGCGUGGAGUUCAAGGCGGCGCACAGGGACGGAGGCCGAGCCGGUGGGAAGACCGCGCACUCCAAAGGCGCGUCGGGGAAGGCGCCGUCCGAUUCUGCGGCUUUCGAGAAGGAGAAGGGGAAGUACCACAGCUACGGCAAGUACCCGCCCGACCUGGCGCAGAAGAUUCACAGCGCCAACCACCUGGACGAGAACGACUCGGAGACGGACACGCCCAUCAACUACAGCCUCAAGUACUCGGACGAGCAGCUCAACUCGGGCCGGCAGAGUCCGAGCCGCGGCAGCGACGUGUGGGUGCGGCAGAAGCAGGAAGCGGAGAGCGGCGACAAGCAGAGCGCGGAGGAGAAGGGCCUCGCCGGCCAGUUCCCCGGCUACUGCAAGCGGCCACAGUACGCGCCGCAGCACGAGGCCGCCGCGCAUUUCUACCCGAUGCGGCCGGGCGGCGGCGGAGAUGGCGGCGGCAAGAGGGAGCCACCCGUCGAGCGGCGCAUCAACGCGGCGGACUGCCAGGACGACGACUACGAGGACGACAAGCCGACCAACUACAGCGAGCGCUACUCGGAGGAGGAGAACCAGGAGGAGGAGGAGGAGGCGGAGGCGGCGGCACUCGGCGGGUACCGAAUGAAGCUGCCGGAGAAGGGACGCGUGCGGGACGAGCCCAUCGACUACAGCCUCAAGUACCCGGCGGAGUACGGCCCCACGGGGCACAAGCUCUUCAUGGGCGUGAAAAAGAUGAGCGCCGAGAAGGAGUCGGCGCACGUGGCCGGCAAGCCUGCCAACGUGCGCGUCGGCAAGCUGGCGGCGCGCGACGGCAACGCGGCGGCGGGGGGGGCCGGCGAGCCCGGCCUGUACGCCAACAGGCAGGCGGCCAGCGGCGACAAGAUGCAGACCUUCUGCCUGGAGGGCACGCCCAUCUGCUUCUCGCGCUGCAGCUCGCUGUCCUCGCUGAGCAGCGCCGACGACGGCAUGGAGACGUCGCACCACCCACCGAGCGGGAAGUCCGGCGCCGGCCGGGCCGACAUCCGGAUCGUCGACCUGGCGGAGGACGGCGCCGGCGCCGGGGAAGAGGAGAGCCCCGAGCCGUCGCCGGCGGCGCGGCGCGCCAAGGCGGCGCGGCACCAGGGCGAGGGGGCGCACCACAAGACGGUAGACUUUUCGGGCGCCAAGUCGCCGUCCAAGUCCGGUUCGCAGACGCCCAAGAGUCCGCUGGACCACUACGUGCAGGAGACGCCGCUCGUGUUCAGCCGGUGCAGCUCGGUCAGCUCGCUGGACAGCUACCCCGACUCGUCUAUCGCCAGCUCCAUCCAGAGCGACCCCGUGAGCGGCACGGUGAGCGGCGUCAUCAGCCCCAGCGAGCUGCCCGACAGCCCCGGGCAGACCAUGCCGCCCAGCCGCAGCAAGACGCCGCCGCCGCCGCGGCUGCGGUCGGAGCGGCCGGACGACGAGGACGAGGGCCGCGAGGGGCCCGGCGAGGGCGGCGCCAAGCCGGACGGGGGCCGGCAGCCGUGGCGCGGCAAGGCGGACGCCGGCGCGCAGGGCACCCAGUCGCGGGACUCGCUGCUGCACUUCGAGACGGAGGCGACGCCGGACGGGUUCUCGUGCGCGUCCAGCCUCAGCGCGCUCAGCAUGGACGAGCCGCCGAUCGCCAAGGACGCGGAGCUGCGCGGCGCGGCGCUGGCGGCCGUCGUGGAGGAGGCGGCCGCCGAGGCCGCGUCGCCGGAGGCGGCGCAGAACUCGGCGACGCCGGCCGAGCGGGCGCGCCGCGGUCGCCGCGCCGAGGAGAGCGGCAGCGCGGAGGCGCUGGAGGACUCGGAGGACGACUCGAACAUCCUCGAGGAGUGCAUCAACUCGGCGAUGCCCACAAAGUCCACGGCGGCCAAGCAGAAGAAGGAUGCGGCCGCCGCCCCGUCGCACAAGGCGUUGGGCGCGAAGGGCCGCACGGCGGCGGCGGCGGCGCCCAAGAAGCCGAGCCAGCUGCCGCUGUACCAGGCCCGCGGCGGCACACGCCUCCCCGUGCAGGCGCCCAAGCACGUGAGCUUCACCAGCGAGAUCUUCAACCGGGACGUGCCCAACGUGUACUGCACGGAGGGGACGCCCAUCAACUUCUCUACGGCCACGUCGCUCAGCGACCUCACCUUCGAUUCGCCGCCCAACGAGGCGACCGGCGAAGUCGGCGCGGGCGGCGACGCCGCCGAGCAGCGGGACGCCGUCCCCACGGAAGGGCGCAGCAACGACGAGGAGGAGGGCGGCCGCGCCGCCGCGGGGACCCCCGGUGCCGGUGGCGCCAAGCCGUCGGAGAACGACAUCCUCGCCGAGUGCAUCAGCUCCGCGAUGCCCAAGGGAAAAAGCCACAAACCGCACCGGGUCAAGAAGAUCAUGGACCAAAUGCAGCAGGGCCCGGCGGCCGGGGGAGAAUCGGCCAAGUCGAAGCUGCCCUCCCUGCGCUCGGCGGCGCAGGGCCGCCUGCUCCUGCAGCCGACACCGGCAAACGACUCGCUCGAGACGUACCGCACCGAAGGGACACCCGUCAACUUCUCCGCGGCCACCUCGCUCGGCGACCUGACCGCGGACGACACGGCGGAGCGGCGCGACGGCGGGGAGGCGGCGCCGGCGCCGGCGAGGAGGCCGCCGGCCAGGCACGAGGCACGCGGAGGCGGCCACCGGGGCCCGCCGGCGGCGGCGCGCGAAGAGCGGCCGCGGCCCGGCUUCUCGUCGGACUCGCCGCUCCACUUCACGCCCAUCGAGGGCACGCCGUACUGCUUCUCGCGAAACGACUCGCUCAGCUCGCUCGACUUCGAGGACGACGAGACGGACCUCGCCGGCGACAAGGCGGGACUCGAGACGGACGGGGCGGCAACCGACGCUCCCUCGGGGGGGGCCAGGGGCCCGGGGAAGAAAUCGGGAGAGGCCAGCGCCGUCGGAAGAGGCGGCGGUUACCACAAGGGCCCCAAGUCGGGGCCGCCGGCCGCCAAGGGCGUCCACAAGCCGGCGGCCAUCCCGGAGGAGGGCCAGAAGCCGGGAACAAAGCUGCCCAAGGGACUGCCGAAGCUCGUGCCUACGAGCCAGCUGCCGCGUGCCGAGAAGAACGCGGACAAGAGGGGGAGCGGCCUGGAGGAGCAGGUGCAGAGGUUUGCGGUGGAGGACACGCCCGUGUCCUUCUCGCGCAACUCCUCGCUGAGCUCGCUGAGCGACAUCGACCGCGACAACAACAACCGGGGAGGGGCGCGCACGGCCGGCGGCGGCGAGGGGGCCGGCGCCACGGAGAGGCCUCCCGCGCGGGCCAAGGCCGCCGAGCCGUCGGCCUACGCUCCGCGGGCGUUCCGCGUGGAGGACACUCCCGUGUGCUUCUCGAGGAACAGCUCGCUCAGCUCGCUGAGCGUCGACUCGGAGGACGACCUGCUGCAGGAGUGCAUCUCGUCGGCCAUGCCGCAGCGGCGCAAGCAGCAGCGCACGCGCAAGGCCGAGGCCAAGGAGCAGGGGGCGGCCGGCGACGACGGCGGCGCCCCCCCCGACCCGUUCGUCAGGAGGUUGAGAGCGCGCGGGCAGGAGGCGGCCGUGAGGGACCACGGUCCCGGCACCGUGGAGCCGGAGAGGGACGGCGGGGCAGCGGCCGUGAACCGCGAGGGUGGGGUCCCCGUGGAGCGGUUCGACAGCCCCGGCUCCGAGAAGAUCGGCUCGCCCGAUUCGGAGAGCUUCGACUGGAAGGCCAUCCAGGAGGGCGCCAACUCGAUCGUGAGCAGCCUGAACCAGGCGGCCGCGUGCCUGUCUCGGCGCGCCUCCUCCGACUCGGACUCGAUCCUCUCGCUCGUGUCGGGCCUCUCGCUGGGCUCGCCGCUCCACAUGACGCCCGAGCACGAGAACAAGUCGCUGUCCGGCGGCCGCGGCGGUGGCCCUCGCAUCGUCAAGGCCGCGGAGAAGGGCGGCGGCGGUGGCGGCGGCGAGUGGCGCAAGGGAGACGAGGAGGCGGUGCCCAAGGCUGUCAAGGGAGGCAAGAAGGUGUACCGCAGCGGCAUCACGGGGAAGGCGCGGCCCAGCUCGGACUCGGCGGUGCCGUGCCUGUCUCGCCCCGCUCAGCCGCCGGCGGCCGUGGUGCCCAUCGUGACGCGGGGCCGGGCCACCGCACCGUCGCCGGGUCUCAGGAACCCCUCCCCCACCGCCAGCCCCGCCCCGAAGAAGCCGGUCGCCAAGACGCCGGUCGGCUCGAAGAGCCCGGCGUCGGCGCGCGCGCCGGCCGGCACGAGCCGUUCCAUCAGCGCGCCGGCGCGCUCCGACAUGAGCUCCGCGGCGAGGCCGUCUCUGAGCUUGGGCCCCGUGACGCCCAAGGCCGUGGGCUCGCGGCUGGAGCAGCUGGCCAGCGCCCGCAGCCUCCAGUCCCCGGCGCGAAAGUCGCUCUCUCCGGGGCGCGCCUCCAUGUCGCCCGGACGCAACUCCUUCCCGUCGGGCCGCAACGGUGCGCGCGGCGCCGCCGCGGGGGGCAGGAGCGGGCAGACGUCGGCCGGCACGUCGUCCCCCAACGCCCCCUCGUCGCGAUCGUCCAGCUCGGGGAACCUGGCCUGCCUCCCGACCAGCGGAAACCUGUCCUGCCUGCCCUCCAGCCGCUCCCUGGGCUCCUCCACGCCCCCGCGGCAGAUCACGCCGCCCAAGGCCGGCGGCGCGGCGGUGGCGGCGGGGAGCAGGGUCGACGGGAACGGGGCCGUCGGACGGCCGGAGCCCGCGGGCGCCCGGGGAUCCCCCGGAGCCAAGAUGGUGGCGCAGACGAGCGGCAGGAGCGGCGGCAUCCCGGCGAAGCGCGCGGAGCUGGCGCGGAUGUCGUCCACCAGGUCGAGCGAGAGCGAGUCGGAGCGAUCGGACAAACCCGCGCUGGUGCGGCAGUCCACCUUCAUCAAGGAGACGCCGAGCCCGGACCUCCGCAAGAAGCUGAAGGAGUCGGCGUCGUGCGAGUCCGUGUCGGGGCUGCCCGAGCUGUCGCCCAACUCGGAGCGAGGCCUCGAGGGGAGAGGGGGCGGCGCGGGGUUAGCGGAGGAGCGCGCCGGCAACGGCGCCCGAGCGCGGCCGAGCCGAUCGCAGUCGCGCAGCCCCACCCGCGUCCCCACGGGCCGCUCGGGCACGUGGAAGCGCGAGGGCAGCAAGCACAGCUCUUCGCUGCCCCGCGUGGGCACCUGGCGGCGGGUGGGCAGCUCCUCCUCCAUCCUGUCCGCCUCCUCCGAGUCGUCGGACAAGACGAGGAGCGAGGACGUGAAGCCUCGGCAGGGGGCGGCGGUGUUCAAAGCCCUGGGAGGAGGGGGAGGAGGAGGGGGAGGAGCCAAGGGUCACCCUCCCAACGGCGGGAAAGGCCGUCCGGACAAGCUUCACCCAAACGCGCAGGCUGGCCAGGCGGCGACUGAGAAGCGCAGCAAUGCGCUGCAGUCUGGCCAGCGCUUGACAACGGACAGGGCCUCCAAGACGGGCCCCGUGCACGGGACGGGAAUCUCAGACGGCCCGUCCGGCGGGGAGAGCGGCCACCGGUCGCGGGGCACCUGGCGGAAGCUCAGAGACGCGGCGGACGUGAGCGCGUCGCCGCCACCGCCGCAGCAGCAGCAGAACGUGGACGCGCACGCCAACCACGAGCCGGCGCUGCGGAUGGCGCCCGCCGUCUCCAAGACGGAGGACGUGUGGGUGCGCAUCGAGGACUGCCCCAUCAACAACCCGCGCUCGAGCAAGUCGGCGAGCGGCAGCGACGGAGCAGCCACGUCGCCCGACAAGACGAGCCAGUCGGGCCUGGACGACUUCUCGGAGGGCGGGACGUGCAGCAGAGACGCGUCGACGCUGAGCCUCAACCACGAGGCCGACGGCGGCGGCGGCGGCGAUGCCGAGCGGGAACGCGAGCGUCCGCCGUCCGCCGGGCAGCAGUCGCCCGAGUUGGAGUCGCAGCCGACGCUGAGCGAGAAGACGCCGUUCAGCUCCAACAGUUCGAGCAAGCACAGCUCCCCGAGCGGCGCCGUCUCCGUGCGCGUCACACCCUUCAACUACGUGCCGAGCCCGCGCAAGUCCAGCGCCGACGCCAGUAGCGGGGCCGUUGUCGUUGGCGGCGGUGCCGGCAGCGGUGGCGGCGUGGUGGUGGCGGCGGCCAGGCCGUCCCAGAUUCCCACGCCCGUUGUUGGCAAGCGGCACGAGGAGCCGAAGGCGGAGGGCGGUGGCGGCGGCGGCGACGCCGAUGACGCCAACACCAAGCUGCACUCGGGGUCGUACCUCGUCACGUCCGUGUGAGCCGGGGGGGUCGAGACGCCUUCGCGUGCCGCCGCCGCCCGCGGUGUCGCCGAUUAUGACGAUGAAAAUAAUAAUCCCGACGAUGACCGAACUGCGGUGAACACGCCAAGGGUGUGGGAAGGGGGGUGGGGGGAUGGGUUUGCACUUUUUUCUGUUUGUGCGUGACGAGAGCGAUGUGUUACUGUGGGCGGAACCGCGACAAAAUAAAUCAAGGUGUACGUUUUUACCUAGAAUUUGCAAUGUGAAGUGCGUUCCAAUGAAGUUAACUUAAACGGUGGAACUCACUUUUAUUUAUUGAACAAAAAAAAAGUUCAAACCAACUUAUGAAUUAUUUGAAGUUUUAAUCGACUCAUUUUGACUACUUGAUAGUAGGCUGUGUUUUUUCCAGAUCUCACCCCCACCUCACCCACCCCGAGAGUUGCAUCUUGAUCCUGGGCUUGUCGUGGUUUCUCAGUGUUUACUGUCGCAAUGGCAUGCUGCUGCUGCACUCCGGCAGGCAUAACGGUUUGUACAUAGCAAUGGAUUGUGUCUCGGUGUGUGUUGUGGGGUUUCUUUUCUAUUUUACACCCCCCAAUGACCUUUUCGUAAGUUUUAGUUCCUCUGGGCUCACCCCACAAGCCAUAAAUCCACCCCUUCGCCACUACAACUACUACUGCUGUCAGCGCUCGCGAGUCUUUUAAGCAGUGCUCGUGUAUCCACUGGAAACACACUACUCGUCCUCAUUAGCGGGAUGCUUUAAUGUGCGAUUGUACAGCCUGGUCAAUAUUUAAUGCGUACAACGCGCGUCUUUGUUCCUGUCGCCGGCGUUCCGGCGGUCUGCAAGAGGGUUACUUUGUGGGAUGUCGCCCGUUGCCGAUGGCGCCGUGCUCUCGCCGGCUUGCGAGCGUGACGGCGCGCAGGCAUUGGUGCCGUCGAGGAGAACUCUGCAGCGGUCUGGGGGUCACGUAGCAGUGUGUGUCGUCUGUUGUGUAACAAGUAGCUUUUCACUCGUGUAAUUAUGAUUGUCAGCAAUUGACCUCGGUGUUGAACUGCCCUCUCAAGAGUAUUAUGACGAACACGGAGACCGCCCAUUGGCAGGACUCCCCGUGAGCGAACCGUGUGCGAUUUAAAACGUACGAUAAACUUAACGACAGGGGCCUGAGUUUUUAUCUCGCCGUUCCAUCUAAUUUAUUCUUCAUCGACGAGGCCAAACCUGGCUUGUGAUUGCCAACUCUUCCCUCCUCCGCGACCUUAACACCGUUUUGGCCCCGACGCCUUUCUCAUUGGUGGUCGCGAGCGGGGCCCAAACGAGACGGCCAUUCUUUCCCUCGUGGGUCGGCGGCACGCCAUCGUCGCUGAAGGCGUCCCGACACUCGACUCGGCAGCGCUUUUGCUUUAAGAGACAGGGGAAAGGGCUGAGACGGACAGUCCCGAGGACACGCGUUUGCACACAGGGAUUGCUUCAUUGAGAAGCUAGAGCUUAGCUGCCAGGCUGUACUCCCUAACCCCCCCCCCAUCCUCCCGUUCGUUUAUGCAGAAGUAGACGUGGAAACCAUUGUGCGAACUACCCUGAAUGUAUGAGAUUUUGCUUUUUUAAUGCGCUGUACUCCAGUCUAUAUGAGGAAUUGUUAAUGUAAAUGAGUUAAUUGACAAUAAAUUGGUAUAACCUGCA